AUGGCUUCCGAUGACGAGUUCGACAUGGACGUGACUCUGGAUGACGGAGAUGAGAGUGACUUUGUGCCUGCUGCGAAGAAGAAAACAGCGCCUAAGGCAGCGCCUAAGCCCAAAGCAGCUCCAAAGCCAAAAGUAGACAGUUCCAAACCCAAGUCUGCCACCAAGCCGAAAGCAGCACCCAAGAAGAAGAAAGAACCGCUCCAUCCGAUAGACGAAAACCAAAUGGACAGUAUAGUGAUGGAUGAAGAGUUUGACUUCGGCCCGCCUGAUCCUAUCGAGGACGAUAUGCCUUCCGUGUCAGCACCCAAGCCAAAGCAGAAGAAGAACGCGUCAGAGAUCUAUGAGAGGCUGGAUGCCGUCGAACACGUCCUCAAGAGGCCAGAUUCGUAUAUCGGAAGCGUCGAGAGGAAAACAGACCUCAUAUGGGUGUUGGAUCCUGAGACGAAGAGGAUGGUAAACAGGAGUACCAAAUUCGUGCCGGGCUUCUUCAAGAUUGUGGAUGAGAUUCUGGUCAAUGCAGCAGAUCAUAAGGUGAACGAAGCUGCCAUGGAUACUCUCAAAGUUGUCAUCGAUCGCGAGAAGAAGUCCAUCAGCGUAUACAACAACGGUGCCGGUAUCCCAGUUGAGAUGCACACCAAGGAAAACAUGUACAUCCCUCAGCUUAUCUUUGGCAACCUCUUCUCCGGCUCGAACUACGACGACACCGAAAAGAAGCUGACCGGUGGUCGCAAUGGCUUCGGAGCUAAGCUCGCCAACAUCUACUCGCACGAGUUCACUGUAGAGACGGCGGACUCUAAGAACGGCAAGAAGUACAAACAGAUGUGGAAAGACAACAUGUCCAUCUGCGGCAAGCCAUCCAUAACGAAUUACAGCAAGUCCGAUGGAUGGACCAAAGUCUCGUUCACUCCUGAUCUUGCCCGAUUCGGAAUGACUGAGAUCGACGACGAUACCUACGCCUUACUCUGCAAACGCGUUUACGAUCUCGCCGGUACUAUCAAGGACGUCAAGGUAUUCCUGAACGACGAACGGCUCAGGAUCAAAAACUUCAAGCAGUAUAUUGACCUGUACCUCAACUCGGUCGCUGAAGCAAAUGUCGAGUCCGGCGCCACAGCACAGCCAAAGCAGACCGUCGUCUACGAGCAGCUCAACCCGAGGUGGGAGGUCGGGUUUGUCGUGUCCGACGGCCAGUUCCAGCAAGUCUCCUUCGCAAACUCCAUCUCCACCAUCAAGGGUGGAACACAUGUAGAAACGAUCGCGAGCCAAAUCUCGAACAAACUUCUCACGGCAAUCCAGAAGAAGAACAAGAGCGCACCAGUCAAGCCGUUCCAAAUCAGAAACCAUAUGUGGCUCUUUGUCAACUGUCUGGUGGAGAACGCAGCGUUCGAUAGUCAGACGAAGGACACACUGACGCUGAAGUCUACCAGCUUUGGAAGCAGGCCCACAAUCACCGAUGAAUUCAUGAAGAAAGUCGCAAAGUCUGGAAUCGUCGAGAAUGUCCUCGAGUAUGCCAAGUUCAAGGCAGAUCAAGCUCACAAGAAGACGGACGGUACUAAGCGCUCUAGGCUGGUCGGUAUGGCCAAGCUCGUUGACGCAAACAAUGCGGGUGGUCGGAACGCCUCCAAGUGUUCUCUGAUUCUUUGCGAAGGAGACUCUGCAAAGACGCUCGCCGAAGCUGGUCUGGCUGUUGUGGGCCGUGACAAUUUUGGUAUCUUUCCGCUUCGUGGUAAGCUUCUCAAUGUCCGAGAAGCGAACCAUGAGCAGAUCAUGAAAAACGCUGAAAUCCAAGCCAUCAAGAAGAUCAUGGGGCUCCAACACAAUAAGGUGUAUGAUUCUGUCGACAGCCUCAGAUAUGGUAGCAUAAUGAUCAUGACUGAUCAGGAUUUCGACGGCUCGCACAUCAAGGGCCUUAUUAUCAACUUCCUCGACCACUUCUACCCGUCCCUGCUGAAAAUUCCUGGCUUCUUGGUCGAGUUUAUCACGCCAAUUGUCCGUGUCACGCAUAAACGCACCCGCAAACGCACGACCUUUUUCACUAUGCCCGAGUAUGAAGAAUGGGCAGAACAGCAUAAACACGACAAACAUCUUUAUGAAGACCCAAAGUACUUCAAGGGUCUGGGGACAAGUGGGCCUGAGGACGGCAUGGAAUAUUUCGGAAAUAUGGAGACUCACUUGAUACCCUUCCAUCCAACACAAGAGGGUGAGCGGGAGCUGAUCGACAUGGCUUUCAGCAAGAAGAAAGUUGAAGCGCGAAAAGACUGGCUCAGAAACUUUAAGCCUGGAACGUACAUGGACCACAGCGUGGACGAGAUUACUUACGACGACUUCAUCAACAAGGAGCUCAUUCUAUUCUCCAUGGCCGACAAUAUUCGCUCCAUUCCUUCCAUGUGUGACGGUCUCAAGCCUGGUCACCGAAAGGUCCUCUUUGGUGUCUUCAAGCGCAAUCUGAAGAAUGAAAUUAAGGUCGCACAAUUGGCUGGGUAUAUUGGGGAACAUACGGCGUAUCAUCAUGGUGAACAGAGUCUCCAUUCCACCAUCAUUGGCAUGGCCCAGAACUUCGUUGGUGCGAAUAACUUGAACUUGCUCAUUCCAUCCGGAGGCUUCGGUAGUCGUUCGAUGGGCGGCGAAGACGCUGCAGCCGCCCGUUAUCUUAACACUAACUUGAUGGCUAUCACUCGUUCUGUCUUCCAUUCCGCCGAUGACAAUAUUCUCACCUAUCUGAUGGAGGAUGGAAAACGCAUCGAGCCAGAGUUCUACCUCCCCAUCAUCCCUAUGGUUCUUGUAAAUGGUAGCUCUGGAAUCGGAACAGGUUGGAGUACGAACAUACCUAGCUUCAACCCCGUCGACAUCGUAGCCAACAUUCGCCGUUAUAUGAGACAUGAGCCUCUGGAACCAAUGUCGCCCUGGUACAGAAAUUUCUUGGGAUCGUUCGAAAAAGUCAGCGAGGGCAAGUUUGUAUGUCACGGCAUAAUCAAGAAAGUCGACGACUAUAACGUCGAAAUCACUGAGCUUCCUAUUGGUCGAUGGACCCAGAAGUACAAGGAAAUGCUAGAAUCAUGGAUCAUGGGCGACGACAAGACAGCCGCCACCAUCAAGGACUACAAGGAAUACCAUACCACCAGACAUAUCCGAUUCACUGUUCAGCUCUCGGGAACCGAGAUGCAGAAGGCCGAAGCAGAAGGACUGGAGAAGUAUUUCAAACUCCUGGAAGCAAUCUCCACCACGAACAUGAUGUGUUUUGAUGCCGACGGGAAGAUGAGAAAAUUCAAUUCUCCCGAAGAUCUGAUUGAGGACUUCUGUCCGCUCCGUCUGAAGUUUUAUCAAAAGCGAAAAGAUUACCUCGCUGAUCAAUUGAUGGUGGAACUGGAGAAACUUAACAAUCAAGCUCGCUUCGUGAAGAUGAUUAUUGAUCGUGAAUUGGUUAUAUCGAACAGGAAGAAGGUCGACAUUGUGGCCGAACUUCGAAAAAAGGAGUUGAAGCCAUUCCCCAAAGUUUCUAAAGCAAAGGAAGAGGGGGAGACGGAGGACGUCGUCGAAGAAGAAGAGCCCGGCAGCGUCACCGAUUUUGACUAUUUGCUUGGCAUGGCUAUCUACAGCCUGACGCAAGAAAGGAUAAACCGGCUGUUGCUGGACUGCGAGAGGAAGGAAGGUGAGCUUAAGGCACUCCUCAAACAGAGUCCGCAAGAUAUCUGGAAUAACGAUCUCGACGUGUUCCUCGAGAAGUGGGAGAAUCUGCUCGAGGAUGAUGUUGCAAUGCAGAACAAUGAGAACCGCAAGAAGAAGGGAAAGCAGGGCGCAACUAUCCGGACCCGAAAGUCCGUUGGCAAGGGCAAGAAGCGCGCAGACGACCACUCGGAUGAUGACUUUAUCCCAGCAAAAGCUCCAUCCAAGCCUCGCAAGCCUGCCGCGCCUAAGCCCGCCGUAGCCAAGCCCACUGCACCACCGCCUAAGGCUGAGGAGAUUUCCGAUGAUAGUCUCAUGGACGUGGACUCUUCCCCCGUCGCUGCGAGGGCUGUUGGCAAAGGUAAAGGCAAGGCGGCCGUGAAGCGUGGAUCGUACGUAUCCUAUUGUCGUACGCCGAGCGGUGCUAAUCCAAUUUAG